AUGGCAUCUGUCGUCUCACAAACUAUCAGCCAAUUUCGGGACAGAAGCCCCAUCAUCCCGGUAAGAUGCCAAUCCGAAAUUCCUCCGCCUAUGGAGGAUGCAACGGCUGAAGCUUUUUCCAUCCAGGACCGGCGGCCAUCAAAAGCAAAACGACAGCCUGGACAUGACCAAUGGCCCUCAUUAUUUCAGACAGCUGUGGUGGCCACCGCCCUGAAGAUUCUCUUAUUUCCUGCUUAUAAGUCGACCGAUUUCGAAGUCCAUCGGAAUUGGUUGGCCAUCACCCAUUCUUUGCCUGUAAAGCAGUGGUAUUAUGAGGCCACGUCAAAAUGGACGCUUGACUAUCCUCCAGCCUUCGCUUUGUUUGAAUGGCUUCUCUCGCAACCGGCGAGUCUGAUGGACCCGGCGAUGGUCAAAGUCCAGAACCUGAACUACGACUCAUGGGCGACUAUUUGCUUCCAACGAAGUUCUGUGAUUGUUGCCGAGCUGCUCCUAGUCUACGCCUUAUACCGGUACACGGCAACCUCGGCUGCCUCGACCCGGCGUCAGAGCCAUGCAGUGGCGCUGUCGAUUCUGCUCUCUCCAGGUUUCUUGAUGAUUGAUCACAUCCAUUUCCAAUACAACGGCUUUCUUUACGGGAUCUUAAUUCUCUCAAUCGUUCUCGCGAGAACAGAAUCGACUCUGCUUUACAGCGGCGUUCUUUUCGCACUUCUUCUGUGCCACAAGCACAUUUACCUCUACCUGGCACCCGCCUAUUUCGUUUAUCUCCUCCGGAUGUAUUGCCUGCAACCCAAGAACAUGUUUCGACCGCAAUUCACAAAUGUUCUUAAACUCGGAACAUGUGUCAUCGGGAUUUUCGCGGUGGCGUUUGGCCCGUUUGUCGCUUGGGGUCAGCUUGACCAACUCCAAAGUCGACUAUUUCCAUUCGCCCGAGGCCUCUGUCACGCCUAUUGGGCGCCAAAUGUGUGGGCUGUGUACUCCUUCGUCGACCGAGUCUUGAUCAUUGCGGCCCCGUAUCUGGGUCUGGAGGUGGAUAGCAAGGCCGUCAACAGCGUCACUCGGGGCUUGGUGGGCGAUACCUCCUUCGCCGUGUUACCAGACAUCACGGCUCAGCAGUGCUUUGGACUCACCCUGGCCUUCCAAAUCAUCGCUCUAACCAAACUGUGGGUGGCGUCCAGCUGGGAAUCAUUUGUGGGUGCCAUUACCCUCUGCGGAUAUGCGUCCUUUCUUUUCGGCUGGCAUGUCCACGAGAAGGCGAUCCUGCUUGUGAUUAUUCCCUUCAGUCUGUUGGCCGUCAAAGAUCGAUCAUAUCUAGCAAGCUUCCGUCCUCUGGCAGUCGCUGGACACGUGUCACUAUUUCCCCUGCUGUUCACAGCGGCCGAGUUCCCCAUCAAGGUGGCGUAUACGAUAUCGUGGCUUAUUGCUUUCCUCUACGCUUUUGAUCAAUUGGCUCCGCCGCCAUCGAGGAGGCGAGUAUUCCUGUUGGAUCGAUUUGCGCUUCUUUACAUUGCCAUGUCUGUCCCUUUGACGGCUUACUGUUCCCUGAUUCACCGGGCAGUGUUUGGGAAGAAAUAUGAAUUUCUGCCCUUGAUGCUCAUCAGUACAUAUUCGGCCAUUGGGGUGCUGGGAUCGUGGCUGGGGUUCAUGGUUUGCUAUCUGUCUUGA